AUGCACUCGCGACGAGAAAAAGAGACGACCUUCAGCGUCGUCAAGGUGGACUACGAGCCUCGAAAAUGCAUCACUCACCUGGUGACCGGCAAGGACGCGCUGGUGAUGUCGCUGGAAGAGGGGUCGCUGGUGAGGCUCAGCCUGGACGCGCCCUCCGAACUGGAAGAGAUCGAAGUAGGCGCGGAGCCGGUCACCGGGAUGUUUUUGGACCCCACCGGGUGCCACCUGCUGCUCGUGAUCAAGAGAAGGAAGACGAUGUACUUGCACCGGUCCUGGAAGCGCCCGCGGUCCCUGAAGAAGCUGAAGGGCCUGAACGUGACCGCCGUCGGCUGGAACGAUUCGGGCGCCGAUUCCGCGUCCACCGGGCUCAUAUUGCUCGGGACCGACACCGGAGAAGUCUACGAGCUGGAAAUAGAGGUCAAGGGCGGCUGGUCGCUCACCGCGCCGACGUUGGAGAAGCACUUCAAGUGGCUCUACGCGUUCGAGCUCGAGGCCGAGUCAAAGCAGCUUCUCAAUCCCUACGCGUCCGUCCAACAACAGGCGGACGCCAAGAGGACCGAAGACACCGACCAUUCCGCCAAGAAGGAGGCCUCGUCUUACUUCUUUGCCUCCACUUGCACCGAGACGACUCUGCAGGGAAUCAGGUGGUUCACCAUUCGACCUUCCAACGGACCGCCAAAAAUUUACGUCUUUUUGUGUAGCCACAGAUUCUUGUGGUCCUUUGUCGGAUUUCACUCCUUCGAGCACUUGUUUCUCAGUCCCUGUCGCCCGGACGUCCGCGAGUUCCCCAGCCCCUACUUCAUCUACAGCAAGCUGGAACUCUAUUACAGGACCCACCUGCUGACCGAGGAACCGCACACCGAAAUCCUCGUCCCUCAGGCGCUCGCCUGGCUCACCUUCUCCGGCGUCUUUCUCAUGAACCUGAACGUGUCCGAAACCGACUUCCUUUCCCCCUCCGAACCCACCUCCGCCGACGCGCCCUCCUCCAAGGGCCCCAAAACCAGCCCCUCCUUCUCUCUCAACGUCUCCAACGACCCAAUCUUCGACUCCUCCAGACACAUCCCCCUCACCUGCGACUCCAUGUCCCGACAGCCCUACGACGACCUGAUCCUGUCCAUCGCGCUCACCGAACUCUACAUCGUCGUCCUCUACGCUCACGGCCUGUUCCAAUUCCUCGACGUCUCCGCCGAAAAGGCCAACCUUUGGUCCGUCUACCUCCAAAAGCGCCAGUACGCCCUCGCCGCCAAACACUGCACCGAACCGUGGCAGCGCGAGCGCGUCUCCGAGGCCCUCGCCCUCCACCACUUCCAGUCCGGCCUCUACGAACUCUCCGCCAAAGCCUACGCCACCACCAACCUGGGAUUCGAACAAAUCGUCCUCAUCGUCCCGACGCCUCCUACCACCCCGACUACGCACUCCGACUCCUCCGCGAGCACACGCACAUCCAGGGAUGCGUCCUAG